CUGACGCCGCGCACCGCGACUCGGGGUCGCGCACGUCAGUCGCUGCCGUUGACUGACUUCCGGUGGUGCAGACGGAGAGUUUCCGCGGGAUCAGGCAGGCUGAAUGGAACAAAAGUAGGACUUUUAAAAUGUUGCCCAGUAAGAAGAGAAGAACUACACUGACUGAGUCCCCACAGCAUCAGGGCAACCAGGAGGAAGGUGACUUAGACCCAGAGUCAGCCGUUAGACCAGAAUCUGAGCAGGUUAAAGACUUGGGAUCCGUGUCUCUGUCCUGGGGUCCGAGUCACAGUAGAGCAGCUGGCCUCGAGGUUCAGUCUGUGCAGGAUACAGGCAAUCAGCUUGGUGUGGAGGAUCCGUCUUUGAGCUCUAGGGGACUCAGCCAGGACCCAAGUGCACCAGUUCCAGAAGCUGUUGAUGGGGCCAUCUCUAAGGGACUCACCCUACCGUCCUUGGAGUCUCCCCAGCUCCUUAAUCCACACAUUGGUAAAGAAAACCUCCAGGCCACUGGCUCAAGGAGAGGGAAGAAAAUGACACUCAGGCCCAGGCCAGUUACCCAAGAAGACAGAGGUGAUCAUCCUUUCACAAAGGAGCCUUUUGCAGGAGAAGCCAGUGAAGAAGUCAAGGAGGAAGGAGGUAAGAUAUGCCGGGUAUUCAGGCCGCGUUUCCCUUGUGUCCGCACCAGUUUGCUGCUGUGCUCUGCAGCGCCUUCACAGACCAUGCGUGUUUCUGACGGGGGUGCCAGUUUGGGGUGGAUCCUCUUCUGUGUUCUUUUCUUUCUCGUAUCCUUCAUGUCUGGAGGGAUGAACUGUGUAUGGCCGUUUGUGGACAAUGAAGAAAGUGAGAAAAGGCAAAAGAAGAAGAAGGGUACCAAGAGGAAGCGAGAUGGGAGGGGUCAGGAAGAAGGGGCGUGUGACCUGAGGCUGGAUGAUGUGCUGGACCGCACCCUGGAGGACGGCGCCAAGCAGCACAACCUGACGGCCGUCAACGUGCGGAACAUCCUCCACGAAGUAAUCACAAAUGAACACGUGGUAGCGAUGAUGAAAGCUGCCAUCAGUGAGACCGAAGAUAUGCCGAUGUUUGAGCCCAAAAUGACACGCUCUAAACUUAAGGAAGUGGUGGAAAAAGGAGUGGUAAUUCCAACAUGGAAUAUUUCACCAAUUAAGAAGGCCAAUGAAAUUAAGCCUCCUCAGUUUGUGGAUAUCCACCUUGAAGAAGAUGAUUCGUCAGAUGAAGAGUACCAGCCAGACGACGACGAUGAGGAUGAGACUGCUGAGGAGAGUUUAUUGGAAAGUGAUGUUGAAAGUACUGCUUCGUCUCCACGUGGAGCAAAGAAAUCCAGAUUGAGGCAGUCUUCUGAGAUGACUGAAACAGAUGAGGAGAAUGGCAUAUUAUCAGAGGCUGAGAAAGUCAGCACACCUGCCAUCAGGCACAUCAGUGCUGAGGUGGUGCCCAUGGGGCCCCCACCCCCCCCGAAGCCCAAGCAGACCAGGGACAGUGCUUUCAUGGAGAAGUUGCACGCUGUGGAUGAGGAGCUGGCUUCCAGUCCAGUCUGCAUGGAUUCUUUCCAGCCCAUGGAUGACAGCCUCAUUGCAUUCCGAACCCGCUCUAAGAUGCCCCUGAAAGAUGUUCCCCUGGGGCAACUGGAAGCAGAGCUCCAGGCUCCAGACAUCACCCCAGACAUGUACGACCCCAAUACAGCAGAUGACGAGGACUGGAAGAUGUGGCUCGGGGGACUCAUGAACGACGACGUGGGGAAUGAAGAUGAGGCGGACGAUGACGACGACCCAGAGUACAAUUUCCUGGAGGACCGCGACGAGCCGGACACGGAGGAUUUCCGCACCGACCGCGCCGUGAGGAUCACCAGUGAGUCUGGGCGCGACGGGUCCUGCUCUGGCCCCGUCCCCGGCGACAUUUGUUUGCUCUGUAGAUUUUUGAGGGAAGGACAGUUUUCACUCAGAGGUGAAGGGCUGGCAGUGCUAAUGGCCUGGAACUUAGACCUCCUUUGUGUCCGGUUUUCCCAGGAAGAACUGGGAACCUUUGCUCAAAGCUCCAUCGCCCUUCACCAGCAGUUCAACCCCAAGUUUCAGACCUUGUUCCAACCCUGUAACCUGCUGGGGGCCGUGCAGCUCAUUGAAGACUUCAACACACACGUCAGCAUUGACUGGAGUCCUCGUAAAAGUGUCAAGACUGCCUGUAAAUUUCCCUGUUUGCCAAAGCAAGUAGCUUGGAUCCUGGCCACAAGCAAGGUUUUCAUGUAUCCCGAGCUACUCCCAGUGUGUUCUCUGAAGGCAAAGAACCCCCAGGAUAAGAACUCAUUCACCAAGGCUGAGGACAAUCUGUUAGUUUUAGGACUGAAGCACUUUGAAGGGACCGAGUUCCCCAAGCCCCUUAUCAGCAAAUACCUCCUGACUUGCAAGACCGCCUGCCAGCUCACGGUGAGGAUCAAGAACCGCAGCAUGAACCGAGCCCCUGACAACAUCUUCAAGUUUUAUAAGAAGACCAAACAGCUGCCUGUCUUAGGGAAGUGCUGUGAAGAGAUCCAGCCCCAUCAGUGGAAGCCACCUGUGGAGAGAGAAGAGCACCGGCUGCCAUUCUGGUUAAAGGCCAGUCUGCCGUCUAUCCGGGAGGAAAUGCAGCGCAUAGCUGAUGGUGCCAGAACGGGAGGAAAUGUGACCGGGACCACUGAGAUCAAGCCAGACCCAGACCUAGGAAAAGGCAGCUCUGAGCCGGGAACUGAGCCCCGGUACCCACUGCUGCUGCCUAAGGGUGUAGUCCUGACACUGAAGCCAGCUGCCAACUGCUUUUCCAGGAAGGGGUGGAGACAGAAGCGCUCGUCCACCCUGAAACCCCUCCUUAUCAGACCCAGCCCCUCUCUCCAGCCCAGCGCCAGCGCUGGGAAAACACCAGUUAGGUCAGCUCAGUCAGAAGCCCCUCCGAGCAAAGUGGUGGUCCGCAUGCCUCCCACCCUGCAGCCAGCCACUGUUUUACAGACAGUGCCAGGUAUCCGUCCCCUGGGGCUCACUGGGGGCGAUAGAUUUGAGUCUCCCACGGCACUGCCUGCUGUGCCCCCUGAGGCCAGGACCAGCUUCCCUCUGUCCGAGCCCCACACCCUGCUCUCCUCAGCUCCUGUGCCCAAGGUGAUGCUGCCCUCGCUUGCCCCUUCAAAGUUUCGAAAGCCGUACGUGAAACGGAGAGGCCCCAAGAGAAAGGGGGCCAAGGCCCCCCUCUGUCUGAAGUCUGUCCCCCUCAUCAACUCUGCCCCUGUUAUCUUCACUGUUCCCGCCACCACCGUGAAGGUCGUGAGUCUCGGCAGCGGCUGCAACGUGAUCCAGCCCGUCAAUGCCGCCGUGGCCCCGAGUUCUCAAACUAUUCCCAUCACCACACUCUUGGUUAAUCCUGCCUCCUUCCCCUGUCCGCUGAGCCAGCCCCUGGUGGCCUCUUCCAUCCCCCCCUUAAUUGUUUCUGGCAACUCUGUAAACCUUCCUGUACAGCCCGGCCCCGAGGAGAAGGCCCAGGUGAAGGUGGACAUUGGGUGUCCUUUGGAUGAAGGGAAAAAUGCCUUCCAGGGUCUGGUACCCAAGUUAGAACCCCAGGAACUCUCUCCUGUCUGUGCUGCUGUCUUCCCCACAAAGGAGCACAGCCCAGGGCCUGCGCCCGCAGAUGGGGAAUGCCAGGAAGACUCGCCGGAGAACAGCGCCUAUGUCUGGACUGUUGUGAAAACAGAGGAGGGGAGGCAUGUUGUGGAACCUCUGGCUCAGGGUUUCCAAGAAGCUCUCAGCGCACUUCCUGGGGACUUAGAGAAAAUUGUCAAGAUGGAACCUAAAGACCACAGGGAGGAAGUCUGCAGCGCCCCCCUGGAACCAGCCUUUUGUGAGGACAUCAAAGAAGAGCAUUUUGGGGAGCUGGACGCCGGCUGUCCACGUGAGGAGUCUGGCGGCGCCAAGGAGGCGAGGAAACAGCCAGUCCUCCCAAAGGAGGAGAGGAGUCAACCCGCUAAAACACCUCCAACUUCACAAGAGCUUCCUGAUGGAGGAAACUCAGGGAAUGGGAGCAAAGACUCUGCAAAGAAUGCUGCAGCCUCCGCUGAGCCUGAAGCGGCGCUGAGCAGCCCCCCAGGGAAGCCCGAAGACUCACCCAGCAUUGACGGGCAGUCAGCGGGGACCCCAGCGGGGCCGGAAGCUGGAGGAGAGAAGGAUGGGCCAGAGGAAGAGGAGGAAGAGGACUUUGACGACCUUACCCAAGACGAGGAGGAUGAGAUGUCUUCCGCUUCUGAGGAAUCUGUGCUGUCUGUCCCGGAGCUCCAGGAAACGAUGGAAAAACUCACUUGGCUCGCGUCUGAAAGGCGCCUGAGUCAGGAGGGUGAGUCUGAGGAAGAGAACUCUCAGGAAGAGAACUCUGAGCCUGAAGAAGAAGAGGAAGAAGAAGCAGAAGGAAUGGAAAGCCUGCAGAAAGAGGAUGAAGUGGCUGAUGAAACCAGCGGAGACCCUGCUGAGAAACCUCCUACCACCUUUGCCUCGCCCAAGACUGCUCCAGAAGAGGGGGCCAGCAGGACCCCACCAGGAGACAGCAGCAAAGCCGCCGGCAAGGGCCGGAGCAGCCACCGAGCUCGCAGCAAGCGGGGCAGCCGGGCCCGGGCCAGCAAGGACACGUCCAAGCUGCUGCUGCUGUACGACGAGAACAUUCUGGAGCGGGACCCGCUCAGGGAACAGAAGGAUUUGGCCUUUGCUCAGGCAUAUCUGACCAGGGUACGCGAAGCCCUGCAGCACAUCCCUGGCAAGUAUGAGGACUUCCUGCAGGUCAUCUAUGAGUUCGAGUCAGGCUCUCAGCGGGGGACAGCGGUGGAUCUCUUCCGGAGCCUGCAGGCUCUGCUCCAGGGCUGGCCCCAGCUGCUCAAGGACUUCGCUGCGUUCCUGCUGCCCGAGCAAGCCCUGGCCUGCGGGUUGUUUGAGGAGCAGCAGGCUUUUGAGAAGAGUCGCAAGUUUCUUCGGCAGCUGGAAAUUUGCUUUGCAGAGAACCCGUCACAGCACCAGAGGAUUAUCAAGGUCCUGCAGAGCUGUGCGGACUGCCCGCCCCAGGAGGUCACGGAGCUCAAGACACAGAUGUGGCAUCUGCUCAAGGGCCACCACCACCUCCAGGAUGAGUUCUCCGUCUUCUUUGACCACCUGCGCCCAGCAGCUAGCCGGAUGGGUGAUUUUGAAGAGAUCAAUUGGACAGAGGAAAAGGAGUAUGAGUUUGAUGGCUUUGAGGAAGUGGCACUGCCUGACCUGGAAGAGGAAGAAGAGCCUCCCAAGUUACCCACAGCGUCAAAGAACAAAAGAAGAAAGGAGACCGGGGCCCCAAGUCACGAUAAGGAGGCUGAGUGGCCAGAUGGGGCCAAGGACUGUGCGUGUCCCUGCCAUGAAGGAGGUCCCGAUUCCAAGCUGAAGAAGAACAAACGGAGAAAUUGUAGCCACUGCAGUGGCAAGGUCUGUGACAGCAAGUCCUACAAGAGCAAGGAGCUCCAUGAGUUGGUGGGCAGCAGCCCCCAGCGAGAGGCCAGCCCUGUGCCUGCUGCUAAGGAAGCUGGGCAGGGCAAGGACGUGACGGAGGAGGACACCCUGGAGGAGCGGGGGAGCACUGAGGCCCCCCCGAGCAGGGCUGGCCGGAGUGCCCGCAAGGGAGAGAUGCCCGUGCCCGGACUGGCAGUGGGGAGCAGUUCGUUGUCCCCUCAAGAAGUGACUCCUUCAGACGGCCAGUUCCUCCCGGAUGGCCCACCGGCCCGCUCACCAGAGCCGCGUCAACUUCCCUCCAAUACCGGAGCUGUGCCAGACAGCGCUCAGAGAAGCCAGGCUGGAGCUGAGGCUGUCUCCUGCCCCCAGGCAUCCUCCAGGCUUCUGCACGAGAGGGGCGGCCACAAGGCAGCGGGGGAGUCAGAGGCUCCCAAGCCGGUCUGGGAUGCCUCAGAAACCGAGAAAUGGCCUGGAACUGUCGACCCCCCUGCAUCCUGCCCGAGUCCUGUUUUCUCGAGGACCAGAGAUGUAGGGAGAAGCCAGGAGCCUGGGAAACCAGACGCUCAUGAGAGCUGGCUGCCUUCAGGCAGAGCCGGGGUGAAGACAUCAGACAAGGAGUCCCUUGACCAUGAUGCUUCCUCAGGAAUGGACACCUCCGAGACUUCUCCCAGAGCCCCUAGAGGCGCUUUGGCUAAAGACAGUGGAAUGCAGGGCAGGGGUCCAGAGGGGGAGCCGCCGCCAAAGGCCACAGAAGUCACAGUAUGUGCCAACAACAGCAAGGUCAGCUCCACUGGGGAAAAGGUGGUCCUGUGGACAAGGGAGGCUGACCGCGUGAUUCUCACUGUGUGCCAGGAGCAAGGGGCGCAGCCGCAAACGUUCCGUAUCAUCUCCCAGCAGCUCGGAAACAAGACCCCCACCGAGGUGUCCCACCGCUUCCGAGAACUCAUGCAGCUCUUCCACACCGCGUGUGAGGCCAGCUCUGAGGAUGAGGACGACGCGGCCAGCACCAGCAAUGCAGACCAGCUGUCUGACCGCGGGGACCUUCUGUCUGAGGAAGAGCUGGAUGAGUGACACGGGCAGCAUGUGGGUGUCAUCUACACAGGACCCCAGCCUACGCGCACCCUGGUGAGGGACAGGGUGCUUGUACUUUGAGCUCAGCAGACAACUGAGGCGCGGGCCGAGGACCAGGACACCGCAGGCUGGCAUUGCCUGGCUCUGCCAUCCUCUGCUUCACUUAGUCUUUUCUGAAGACCUUGGAAUCUACUUUCUACAUAGUGUCGAGGGUCGGGCUCAGCGUCAUCCCCCAUUUUCUUUGUCCUGAGGGUACACACUCAUGGUUCUGUGAUCUGAGCAGUGUUCCAACAUGUAAUAGGUGCGUGUGGGUGCAGCCAAUCCUGAGACACUGAGCGCCUGCAUCCGCCCUUUAUUGUACAGCAGCUCUCCCCCUUCCUGGAGCUUCAGUCUGUGAGGCUGUCUCCGUCCUGGUAGCAUUGGGCCAGACUGCGGAGCUCGUGCAGCAGCUCCUCCAGGUCACCCUGUUCCACUCCGGCCUCCAUGAAACUGGCCCAGCGUCGCAGGUCGACUUUGGUGAGCUCUUUGGC